UCUCAGACCACAUGGCACAUGCACCACAGCCAUAUGAUCGUCAAUCGGGGGAGCAGCGUGGACUGAUCUCACCCUAGUACGAAACAGUGGAGUUUAAUCAUAAUGAUCAGCGACAACAUACAACGACCUUGUGGCAGAUGAAGAUUGUUUACCCGGAGCUGCCGAGGCUCGAGGUCACACGCACUGGCAGGCGGCAGCUAGUAUGUAGCUUGGUCUGGAUUGAAACUGACCCGGGCGUGUUCCACGGUUGUUUGUUCCAGCUGCCAAACAAGCUGUAGUAGCGUGCAGGCCUUUGUAACCGCAGUCCCACAAGUUCAAUCUCCCGUAGACCCUAAGACAGUCGUUUCCAACGAGUAUCUUCAACAAUGAAGAAGGUCCUCAGUCUCCUUCCUCUAGCCCUUGUCAUACCAGCAAUCGUCGCCGCUCCAGCCGAAGACACACAAGUCGUUCUUGGAGGGACUAACCACGUUCAGAGUGGGUUCUUCCCCACGCAGGACGCUGUGCUAGAAGGCAUCAUCGACAAAGGCAAGGAGCAAGUACAUCAAUGGUUUGAAGAUGGGAAGCAGUACAUCAAACAACACGGCUUAACUUAUGAGCUGAUUCAACACCCUCAUUUUGGUGACUACAAGCUACGGGUUACGGAGCCCAAGUUAUGCGACCCCUCGGUGAAGCAGUACUCCGGUUACCUUGAUAUCACCGACGACAAACAUCUGUUCUUCUGGUUCUUUGAGUCACGCACGUCUCCUGGGGAUGCGCCUCUUGUGAUGUGGCUCAAUGGUGGCCCUGGAUGUAGCUCGUCCACUGGCCUCCUGUUCGAGCUUGGUCCUUGUAACAUCGCAGACGAAGGCGCCAACACGACGCACAACCCACACAGCUGGAACGCCCACGCCAACAUGAUCUUCCUCGACCAGCCCAUAAACGUUGGAUAUUCGUAUUCCGAAGAUGGCAGUACCGUCGACUCCAGCCCAGUCGCUGGCAAGGACGUCUAUGCAUUCAUGGAGCUCUUCCUCACCCGCUUCCCCGAAUACUCAACUCAGCCUUUCCAUCUCGCCGCUGAGAGCUACGGCGGCACUUAUGUCCCGAACAUCGCGAACGUCAUCUACACCGAGAACCAACAGAUCCCUCUGUCACCCACCGCCGGACUUAUCAAGAUCAACCUGGCCUCUGUCAUGAUGGGCAACGGCAUGACCGACAACUACGUCCAAAUGGCGUCGAUACCCGACUAUCUCUGCGAUGGACCGUACCCGAUCUAUGACGACCCCGAGGGUGCGCAAUGUGCUGCCUUGAGGAGCAAAGUGCCGACUUGCCAGAGGCUCAUCACGUCUUGUCGCAAUUUCAACUCUCGUUUGACCUGCGUGCCUGCUGCGCUGUAUUGCAAUUCUCAGCUCUACGCUCCCAUUCAACAAUCCGGUCUCAACCCUUACGACGCGCGUAUCAAAUGCGACCGUGAGAAAGACGGUCCUCUGUGCUACCGACAGAUGGGCUGGAUCGAGAACUACAUGAACGAUCCAGAGGUGAAAGCUGCUCUUGGAGUGAACCCGCAGCGCAAAUUCGAGUCCUGCAAUAUGGCAGUCAACCAGGCGUUCAUGCUCCAGGGUGAUUCGAUGCGCAAUACUCCGCUGUUACUGACGGAAAUGAUCAAUGACGGAGUUAGAUUGCUUGUCUAUGCUGGGAACGCCGAUAUGAUGUGUAAUUACAUGGGUAACGAACGUUGGGUCGAACAACUUGACACUAUCUUCUUGGACGAGUUCUCUACGGCUACGACUGAGCAGUGGGUAACGAUGCGUUCUGGAAAGGUCGCCGGUACAGUCCGGUCUGCCGGUGGCGGUGGCUCGGGCGCUGGGAACGUCACCUUCGUUACCGUUUACGAAUCUGGGCACAUGGUUCCUUUUGACCAACCUGAAGCUGCGUUGGACAUGAUGACGAGGUGGAUCAUGGAUAUCCCGCUGAGUCUCGAUCUCACGGAGUUGCCAGCGCCUUUUGGAGGGAUAUGAAGGGAACGUUUGUGUUUAGAUGAUAGGCAACCUACUUGAUACGCCAUUGUAUUAUUACAUGGAUGCGCCCUUACUUAUCGCACUCGUGACGUGCAGUGUCUGAUUGGAAUCAUGGAAGGGUGACGUUCUCACUGCACUGCCGUGUCACGUGCGUUGUUUGUAUAGAAUGACAUUUUGAUUGAUUUCUA